AUGAAUCUUACAGGAGUUUCUGAUGGUCUCAACAACCCCCACUGCGAUGUGAUUGAUGUCGAUAAGGUACGAUCCUAUUUUCCAGCGCUGGCUGGGGAGACCACUCCUCUCAACAAUGCAGCCGGCACGCUGGUGUUGAAAGAUGCGAUAGAAAGGUUUGAUUUCCAUCGUCUCAAUCAAAAAUAUACAUUUCUGUAUAUUGAUAGAAGUCUGGCUAAGCGAGACCUAGUGCGAGUGACUUAAUGUACUCUAUGCCAAUCGACCAUGGCGAUGGCGAUCCAAGGUCUCUUGCCGCAAUCUCUUCUUACGAGAAGAAUUGGAACCAGGUAAAAAAACAAAAGAGACUCUCAGAAAUGAUGUUGACCGAAGUCAGUGUGCUCAAUUUAUCAACGCAUCACCAGACGAAAUCAGUGAGUCUAGUUCGCAUUUCGUCAUUUGAAGAGAAGAAUUAUGCCCGUAUCUGACUAUCUCCCUAGCCUUUGGUCAAUCGACAACUACGCUAUUUCGUUUAUUGGGUCAUUCCUUACGCCCACUUCUGAACAAUGACUGUGAGAUGGUUUGCUCCACGCUCUGCCACGAAGCAUCAGCAAGCGCCUGGGUUCACCUGGCCAAAGAUUUGGGAAUUACGAUCAAGUGGUGGAGUCCGGAUUUGAACCAUGGCGACAGUCCCUCUCUUUCCCUCGAGACACUUGAGCCACUAUUAUCUCCUAAGACUCGCAUAGUGACCUGCAAUCAUGUCUCUAACGUCGUGGGGACCAUUCACGACGUGAGGCGGGUAGCGGCUCGAGUGCAUACCAUUCAUGGCUGCAUGUUAAUAGUCGAUGGGGUCGCUUGUCAGUAUUGAAAAACAAAUUCCUCCCCUCCAAACCUUUUUGAUUGGCAAUUACUGACUCCCCUUUCUUCUAGUGGCACCUCAUCGACCGGUAGAUGUUAAAAGUUUGGAUGUAGACUUCUACUGUUUCAGCUGGUACAAGAUCUUUGGCCCGCACAUGGCACAGCUCUAUGCCAGUCGAAGGGCUCAAAAUCGGUAUAUGACCAGCAUAAACCACUUCUUCUUCGACCCGUUCCCACUCGAUAGGAAGCUUCGCCUGGGUGCAACGACAUACGAGCUCGAGGAAAUGUGUUCUCCUAUCGUGCGCUACCUCCAAGGGGCUGUUGGAUGGGACGUCAUCGUCGAACAAGAGACACUCCUCACGACUAUUCUUCUUGAUUACCUCCUCAGCAGGCCCGACGUCUAUCGCGUUUUCGGCGAACACACUUCCGACCCGAGCCGACGCGUUUCCAUUGUCAUAUUCGAGGUCUUGGGCCAGAAAUCCAGCGAAAUCGUCAUGCAGGUUCAUGUGCGGAACCGUUUUCGAAUUACUUGGGGGGAUUGUUGGGCUCCACGACCAACGUGGGAUGUGCUGAAACCCAAGAGUGACGGAAUCAUUCGUGUCAGUUUUGUGCACUAUAAUACGGUCAGUGAUGUCAAGAGAUUGUGCGAGGAGUUGGAGGAUAUUGUGUCUUGUUCAAGGGAUCUUAAGUUAGAGCUGUAG